CGUCAGCAAAGACAGCGCAGACAGAAUGGGCUGUCGCCGAGAUGGCGCGCUCUCUUCCCUCCAGUCGACCGCACCACUAGGCAUCAGAUUAGUAGUAUGCAUUCACCGAUCGCGGCAGCGAUCUCGAAAGAUUUCAAAGAUUUUAAAGUAGACAUCAUGGCGCCGCCCACCCUGCCUCCUCCCACUCUCUCAGUCGAGGCGCACUCACCUUCAUCGCGCCCUGCUGUCCCACUGCCGCAAAUAAUCCGCUCCACCAAGAACUCUCCCUCUCUCAUCUGGCGCACCCUCCGCCUUUCCAAUCUUCGCCUUGAUCCCUCUCUUCUUCUUUCCCUGGCUCUCCUUCUCCGCCGCCUCAGCCCUCCUCUCCUCCGCGAGCCGUCGUCGCUCCUCCCCCCGCGCCGCCGCCGCCGCAGCCUGCUCGAUCAACCGAGCCUCCUCAGUGCCACUCGCACGCGUCUUCUUGGCGUUGCGCUCCGCGACGGUCGGCUUCUUGUAGAACUUGGCGGAGCGGCCCAUGCUGAAGCGUGAGGAGGGGGGGAGGAAGGGAAGAGAAAUGUGAGCAGCCGGGAGUCGGGCGGGCAAGCGCCCGUCGGUCU